AUGUCUGGCAAGGGGCACGGCACAGAUGGCCCAGAGGACCAGUUGGAAGCUGAGGCCAGGAUGGCGACAUCCCCGGAUCUCAAUUUGACAGCUCAACCUCCAGUGAGCUUGAUAUUGACCAGAGAUGGUGACGGUACCAGGGACGGCAGUGUUCCCACCCUUGGCAGCACAGAAAAUCAAGGCGCAGACACAGAAGGUGUAAACGUCGCCUCUGAAAUCCUGGAAGACGAUGCGGAAGACACAGUCCUUUACUGCGGCUUCGGGCUCGGAGAGGAAGGAGAGGAGGAUGAGGAAGAAGCAGCAGAAGAACAGCAUCAGGUACAGGGCAGUGAGACCAACCCUAACCAGCAUGUAUCAGAUGAGGAUCGGGCCCUGGAGGACUGGGUGUCUUCAGAGACAACUGCCCUGCCCCCCCCUCGCUGGCAUGCCCUUACUGCACUUCGAGAUCGGCAGCUGGGUUCAAGUGCCCGCUUUGUAUAUGAGGCCUGUGGAGCAAGGGUCUUUGUGCAGCGUUUCCGCCUGCAGUAUGGGCUUGAAGGCCAUAGCGGUUGUGUCAAUAGUGUUCACUUUAACCAGUGUGGCACCCGGCUGGCCAGCAGCAGUGAUGACCUUACAGUGAUAGUUUGGGAUUGGGUGCAUCAGCGGCCAGUCCGCACCUUUAACACAGGUCACAGAAAUAACGUCUUUCAGGCCAAGUUCCUUCCCAACUGUGGCGAUUCCACCCUGGCCACAUGUGCCCGUGAUGGGCAGGUACGGGUAGCACAGCUACCUGCUCUGCCACAUAGCAGGGUCUCCAAGCGUGUGGCCCAGCAUAGGGGAGCCUGCCACAAGUUGGCUCUGGAGCCAGACUGCCCUUUUAGGUUCCUAACCUCGGGUGAGGAUGCAGUUGUCUUUGCCAUUGACCUCAGACAAGACCGUCCUGCUUCAAAAGUGGUGGUAACAAGAGAGAAUGAGCGGAAAGUGGGGCUGUAUACAAUCUUUGUGAAUCCUGCCAAUACUUACCAGUUUGCUGUGGGUGGAAGAGACCAGUUUGUAAGAAUUUAUGACCAGAGGAAAAUUGAUGAGAGUGACAAUAACGGAGUACUCAAGAAAUUCUGUCCUCAUCACCUGGUCAACUGUGAUGCCCAAGCAUUCAUCACCUGCCUCGUGUACAGCCACGAUGGCACAGAGCUCCUGGCCAGUUACAAUGAUGAAGAUAUUUACCUCUUCAACGCCUCUCACUGUGAUGGAGCCCAAUAUGUUAAGCGAUAUAAGGGGCACAGAAAUAAUGCCAUAGUCAAAGGCGUCAAUUUCUAUGGCCCCAGAAGUGAGUUUGUGGUGAGCGGAAGUGAUUGUGGGCACAUCUUCUUCUGGGAGAAGUCAUCCUGUCAGAUCGUUCAGUUCUUGGAGGGGGACAGGGCAGGUAACGUAAACUGUCUUGAGCCCCAUCCUUACCUACCUGUGAUGGCGACCAGUGGCCUAGACCAUGAUCCCAAGAUCUGGGCACCCACAGCUAAAGCGACCACCAAGCUUAUUGGGUUAAAGAACGUGAUUAAGAAGAACAAGCAGGAACGAGAUGGAGAGGGCUUGGGCCACAGUGACCUGUUUGACAGUCAUAUGCUUUCCUUCCUCAUGUACCACUUCACACGCAGAAGUCAUCCCCUUCAUCCCCGUCAUCGCCCUCCUGGAGCUGGAGUCGUGGAGGUGGAGUCAGAUGAGUCUUCCAGUGACUCAGAUGAAUCCGAGGAGGAAGAAGAGCAAGACCGUGUGCAGUGCCUGCCAUCCUGA